UGGACUUUUAUGUAUUGUGGAGAUACGGAUUCAGACUUCAGCGAUCAAACAAAUUCUAGCUUCUUUGUUGUCACGAAUGAGCUCGAGCUAUUGAAAGCCGAUAGAGCAUUGGAAGCAAACGGUGCCCGAGUAGAUCUUUGUGGAGAGCCGUCGCCGUUCUCCUCGUUGUUCACGAUGCCCAAAUCGAAGAGAAAUAAAGUCGUUGCCCUGACGAAGACACGCAGUAAAGGUUUCGAGCUGAAGAAGAAGCUUCAUGAUGAAAUAAAAACAUGUGUGGAUGACUACGCAUAUGCGUUUGUUUUCUCCGUUGAGAACAUGCGUAAUAACAUUCUAAAGGAGCUGCGCUCCAACUGGAAACAGCAUAGCAGAUUCUUCUUUGGCAAGAACAAGGUCAUGGCAUCAGCAAUGGGCAAGUCACCAUCCGAUGAAUACCAGCCAGAGCUUCACAGAUUAGCGAGGAAACUACGGGGAAACGUCGGUCUUCUCUUCACCAACAAGGAGCGCAACGAAGUCGUGUCGUUCUUUCAGACGUUCAGCGGCAGAAGUGAAGCCAAGCCAGGCUUUGUGGCUACAGAAACGGUGGAGUUGUGUGAAGGACCUCUUGAUCAGUUCAGUCACUCCAUGGAACCACAGUUCAGACAGCUGGGUCUACCCACAGCACUCAAGAAAGGAGUGAUAACCCUGCUCUCUGAGUACACGAUAUGCAAGAAAGGCGACACGCUCACACCGGAGCAGGGCCGUAUCUUGAAACUCUUUGGCCACCAGAUGGCCAUGUUCAAAGUCAACUUGCUGUGCGUCUGGGCAUCGUCCGGCACCUUUGAGCAGCUUUCCGACGCCGUAGCAGAGGGAGCGGACGAUGACGCGGACGGAUAGAGAGAGAAAACACUGUAGCCACUUCAUCUUGCUCACGAAAUCAUACACCACCACACAAACGGGCCCUUCGGCUAUUAUACUUUGGGUGGUGAUGUAUGAUAUUGAUAAUCUAUUGAUACCAUAUCCAAGUCUGACUCUCACCGUGAGAUCCUGGCUACAAUAUUACCUGGUACAUGACGUAUUCAGACACUGACAUAAGCAUCUUUUUGGAACAACACGUGUGCCUAUCUGCUAGUGUAAUGUGACACACAUGCACAAUCAGUCAUAGCUAAUUUUUAUUCUGUAGUGCGCGGACAAGGAGUGAUUUUCCGUACGAAUACAGAAAAUAUGGAGGGCAUACAGAAGUUGCUAUGUCCUGGCCCUCAUACAGCAUUGGGGAGGCACUGAAUCACUUUUGCAAAAAGGACUUGCCGAAAGUGGCACAACAAAUUUUCAAUUCCCAGAAAAGGGGCUUUCCAGCCGAGUUUAUCUUUUAAUUACAGUCAAAUCUGUCAUAAGCGACCGCCCCUUGGUGCAAGAAAAAGCGGUCUCUUACGGCAGAUGUAUGGUAAAUCCGGCAUACCGGGCAUGCAUAUAUGCUUCCAUGUACUCAAAUCAAUGAGAAUAAUGUGAUUUUUAAUAUCAUUUUAUUGGAUACAUACAUCCUGUACACACACCUUGUACACACUCUCU